UUUGGCACUUAUCCGUGACCAGCUAUAAACUGUAACUACCGAUUUUCUAGUGAACUAUUUCUUCCAAACCAUGUCUUUUUCAAGAGCUCCAGUGAAGCGAUUUAAUGAAAAUAUCGGCUGCGCCCCAGCACCGGGCACCUACGAGCUGAAACCAGGAGAGGUGAAGGGACCUGCCUCUUUCCUCCGGUCAGAGCGCUUCAAACUGCUCAAGGCCAGUGUUGCUCCCAGCAUCCUACCACCAUAUCCUUCUAAAGAUGUGCCCACGUCACCCGUGGCUGUGCGUAGGACCAUGUCUGUGGAUGGACUGGUUGACGGGUCCAUGUCAAAGAAAGACAAGAGUGGCCAAUCGAUGCAGAUGAAACGGCAGAAACUCCUGGAGAAAGAGAUCCGCUCCCUGGUGCAGCAGCGCGGGGAGCAGGACAGGCGCCUGGUAACCCUGGAGGAGGAGCUGAGGAAGGUGGAGGCCAAGCUGUUGUCUGUGGUCAGGGAGAAGACUGGUCUGGCAGCGAACGUCACCACCCUGGAGAGACAGCUGGCUGAGCUCAAGAAGACUAACGACUUCCUCAAGAACAAGGUUUCUGCAGACACAACUAAGAAGCGAUUCCAGUCUAUGUCUGUGGAGCUGAUGGAGGCAAGAAACAAACUGGAUGUCAAGGACAAGGAGCUGAGUUUCCUGCAGAUCAGUACAGGGGGCCAGGUGAUGUUGCUGGAGACAGACCUGGAGGCGGCCAGAGCUACACUCACCACCCUGAAGGAGAGGAACGAGGACCUGGCGGACCUCCACCACGACACCAAAGUCCACAACGAGGAGCUGGAGAAUGAGAUGGGUACACUGCAAGCUGUGAUCCAGGAGCUGAGAGAGGAGGUCAAUGUUCUACAGGGUUACCUGGACACAGCCAACGACCACAUCCAGGACCUGCGUAUGAAGCUUCGUGAGAAGACCGAGAUGGAGAACAGCAUGUCUGAGUCUCAGCACGAGAAACUGGGUCAUCUUGAACAGAAGCUGGAGCAGUGCACCGCGGAGCUCUGGAUCUCUCAGAACAUUCUCCGUCAGAAGGAGGAGGAGUCAGAGAAAGGUCAACAGGACCUGCAGGCUUCCCGGGCUGCAUUGCAGGAGACUGAGAAGCUUCUGGAGUGGCGAGAGGCGGAGCUGACGUCCUCCCAGAAGGCAUUGGGAGAUAUGGAAACACAGAUGCAGCGGGCCAACCAGGAAAUGUGUGACUCCCGGAGUGCAGUGCAGCAACAGGAUGCGGAGGUAGUGCGUCUGAGGGAGGUGCUGAGGAGGACAGUGAAGGAGCUGGAUGAGAGAAUAGCUCAUCUGGGAGAGAAGUGCAAAAUCCUGGAGGAGGAGAGAAAUAGGGGCCAGGGGAGAGUGGAGGAGCUGACUGCAGAGCUGAGCCUCCUGCAGGAGAACUGGAGGAGUGAGAAGGAGGUGCAGGAGCAGCUGGCGCAGGCACACACCUCCCUGUCUGAGGAGCUGAAGAAGGAAAAGGAGCGUGCAGCCUCCCUGGCCUCGGGGCUGGAGAGAGUUAGGGAGGAGACCGAGGACGAGAGGAAACAGUUGGAGGAUGAGUUGGAGGAGGCUCUAGUGGAGCUGUCAGUUCUGGAGUUGCAGGAAGAGAGGAGGGAGGAGGAGGAGAAGAGGAGAGAGGAGGCCUUACAGAGUUACCAGCAGGAGAAGACUGAGAUGGAGAGGGAACUGACUGAGACCAGAGCACUGCUAGACAGGAUAAGCAGUGCCGUGGAGGCGUUGGAGAAGGUACACGGUGCUGAAACGAGGAGGCUGCAGGAGGAACACACCACCUCCCUCAGCAAGAUAGGACACAUGGCCACUGAACUGGAGAGCACCAGACAGGCCCUGAAGGGAGCAGAGGAUAGGAGUAGAGCGCUGGAGGACGAGGUAGAGAGGGUGACUAAGCAGAUGGAGAGAGUGAAUCAACAGGAGGAGGAGGUGAAAAAGCUGAGGGAGGAGAUGGAGGAGGAACAGGAGAAACAUCUAGCUAACCAGCGGGGUCAGGAGAAAGCCAGAAAGGAGUAUGAGAGAAUUCUGUUGGAGGUACAGACACGUCUAGCUCAGCGAGAUGAUGAAAUGAAGAGGGCUGAGGAGGAGGUGCAGAGACAGCUGCAGGAGGAGAGGAUGGAGAAAGGGGAGGUGCAAAGGCUACUCCAGCAAGCUAGAGAGGAGAAAGAGGAGCUUCAAAUGCUAUUUAAGCAAACUAAAGAGGGAGUGCAGAGGCUACUGGAGCAGGAGAAAGGAGAGGGGGAAGUGCAAGGGAUGUCAGAGGAGGUGGGGGGGCGAGAGAGACUGGUGGAGGUGGUAGAGGAGGAGAAGCUAACUCUUCAGUUUUUGGUAGGGGAGGUAGAGAAGGAGAAACUGAGUCUUCAAAACCAGUUGGAGAAGGUGGAGGACCAGGUAAAGAAAUAUCUGCCAUCUCUAGAGAACCACAUGAAUGAGGUAGAGAAAGAGAGGGAUGAUCUGAAAACAGCAGCGACGUUUGAAAUAGACAAAAAGGGCCUUCAGAACCAGGUAGAACUGAUGGAAGAGAAGGUUUCUCUCCAGAGCCAGGUGGAUGUGGAGGUCCAGGAGGUUUCUCUCCAGAGCCAGGUGGAUGUGGAGGUCCAGGAGGUUUCUCUCCAGAGCCAGGUGGAUGUGGAGGUCCAGGAGGUUUCUCUCCAGAGCCAGGUGGAUGUGGAGGUCCAGGAGGUUUCUCUCCAGAGCCAGGUGGAUGUGGAGGUCCAGGAGGUUUCUCUCCAGAGCCAGGUGGAUGUGGAGGUCCAGGAGGUUUCUCUCCAGAGCCAGGUGGAUGUGGAGGUCCAGGAGGUUUCUCUCCAGAGCCAGGUGGAUGUGGAGGUCCAGGAGGUUUCUCUCCAGAGCCAGGUGGAUGUGGAGGUCCAGGAGGUUUCUCUCCAGAGCCAGGUGGAUGUGGAGGUCCAGGAGGUUUCUCUCCAGAGCCAGGUGGAUGUGGAGGUCCAGGAGGUUUCUCUCCAGAGCCAGGUGGAUGUGGAGGUCCAGGAGGUUUCUCUCCAGAGCCAGGUGGAUGUGGAGGUCCAGGAGGUUUCUCUCCAGAGCCAGGUGGAUGUGGAGGUCCAGGAGGUUCCUCUCCAGAGCCAGGUGGAUGUGGAGGUCCAGGAGAAGGUGACUCUCUAUUGGGAGAUGGAGGAACAGAGAAGAGACUUCCAGAGAAUGCUGCUGGAGACUCAAGACAAGAGUGAUGCAGAGACGGAACACUGGAGGAGACGGUACGAGGAGCUCUACGCCAAGGUCAAGCCCUUCCAGGAGCAGCUGAAUGGGUUUGCUGCGGAGCGGGAAUCGCUACUGAACGAGAACGGGGCGAACCAGGAGGAGCUAACACGGCUAGCGGACGCCUACGCUCGUCUGCUGGGCCACCAGAACCAGAAACAGAAGAUCAGACACGUGGUGAAGCUCAAAGAUGAGAACAUUUCCCUCAAACAGGAGCUGUCUAAGCUGCGUGCCCAGGUGUCCCGUCAGAAGAAGGGAGGCCAGCCCCAACGCAGGGUUGACCCCAGCAAAGCCUUCAACAACCAGGACAGCAAGGAGAACCUGCUGCCACACCUCUCAGACACACCAGCAUUUCCUUUAGCGGGUAAUUGACAGCUUUUGGACAUUUUUUAAAUUGAUGUAUUAUUCUCUUUUUUAAGACCUAACAACCGGCACACAAACAUUGUUGGACACAUUGUUUGACAGAGAAUAUCCAAUCACAUCGGCUGCAUUGUGGUUUGUUCAAGUUGUCUAUCAAUGGCAUCACCUCUACUCUGCCUUGAGUUCGUCCUCCCAUAGUGGACUUGCAACAACAACAUGGUCUGACCUGUGAUACACAGCUGUUUUUUUUGUGCAGGGGAGAAGUCUUCAUGCAUUUUAUGAAUGCUUUUUCUAGUUGAACCUCCCAAGAACUGACAGAAAUGUUCACUAAUGCCUAUUUAACAUUGUAAGUCAGGUUAGCUAGCUACAGAUAUAGGGUCUUCAUUUGAGCCAGUUUGCUACAGCAGGCAAAUAAUCCUGCAGCAACAGGAAAUGUUCAUUAUUAUGUGGAUCAUGAUUAUUGGACCUUCUUUUGGGGUUGAUACAUUUUUCUGGAGGGAAAAAGUCUGAAAUUUCAAAGUUGAAAUUGCAAACUUCAGAAGACAUUUUUAAAUUUAAAAUAUACUACCACCACCUGCCAGCCCCCCCCCCCCCCAUCGGAGGACAAAAUAUACUACCACCACCUGCCAGGGCCCCCCCUCUCAUCGGAGGACAAAGUAUACUACCACCACCUGCCCCCCCCUCAUCGGAGGACAAAGUAUACUACCACCACCUGCCA